UACCAUACCAUUGUCAAUGACUCUGGAUUACAGUCAUUCUGUAUUCUUCACAGUUUUACUCGUUUAAAAACUUCUUAGUUCUUUUUGUCUCAGUCAACUAAAGUGAAUGUGGUAAGCUUACUUGAGAGUGCUUUUACUUUCCUUUUAAACUUGAUUUUACUGGAAUAGUUGCAUUGUGCCAGCCCAGUGUCUGUGCUCUGCUGUGCUGUGCCGUGCCGUGCCGUAGUUAUUAUUUGAAAUUGGAUUAUUGAAGGUUCAUACAAGUUUUAAGAUUAUAUUUAGAUCUACUGUCAUUAUGUCUAGAAAGUUAUUGACAGAUUUUGAAUGGGAUAGUGAUACUGAUAGUAUUCAUACUGGUAAUCAAGGUGAGAUUGAAACUAUGGAUUUUUUUAGUCCAUUAGUGACCAUAAUUGUUGUGUUGAGUAUAGUGGCCACAGUGGUUGUGUUUAUAGCCAUUAUUUGUUGUUGUAUUUGUAAAAGAAGAUCUUAUCAAGGGACUGUCUAUAGGCAGGCACCACAGACUACAGCAACAGUAACAACAUAUCCUCAAGUACCGUACCAACCAUCUGCAUACACUUCUGCACCGCCUCCAACACAUUACCCAGGGGCUAUGCCUGCUUCAGCUCCAUAUUACCCACAACAAGUGGUAUAUCCACCUCAACAAGGUUAUCAACAAGGUCCAUAUUAUACAGCACAGGCUCAACCAUUGAUGGCAGCGACUUAUCCACAACAAGAAACGAAGAAAGAAUAUGAUGAAGCUCCACCCCCAUAUUCAGAAGCUAUGAUGACAAAGGCCUCAGCUCCACCCCCUGAAUAAACUUACUGAAUACGAUAUUAAUUUAAAGGAAUGAUUGAUAUGUUUUAAGCAGAGGUUUUUUAUGAAUGAAUGAUUGCAUUGUUGAAGUUUGUUGGAAAAAUCAUGUUUUUGUAAAUAUGCAAGAUUUUAAGAAAGGAAUGUUAUAUAACUGUACAUAUUUUGAUUUAGGCCAAUUUUAUUUAUUUUAUUUUAGUGCUUGCUCAUUUUAUAUUUCUUUCGCAAUAUUUAAUCAAUUAUACAUUUUACUGUCCCAAUUUAAAUGUCUUCAAAUUAGUGGGUUUACUCUGAAUG